GCCAAUUCUUGAAAGGUCACUAGAACAUGAGCUACUCGUACGGCGGUGGGAGCGGCUACGGGGGCGGGCCGGCCAACUUCUCGGGGGACGUGGGGGCCUACGCGGCCCAACUCCCCGGCGGCCAGCGCUUCAGCGGUCAGCCGUCGCCUCUGCAGGCCCUGGCCAGCGCCGUGGCCCUGCCCGACGUCUUCACCGAGGCCGAGAUGGCCCGCACUCUGCGCCGCAACAACGGGGACGUCAUGAAGGCCGCUCUGCAGCUCAAGGAGAAGCACGCGUUCCGCAGUGAGAUGCACUACCUGGAGCUCAACGUGGGGCUGCCCACGCUGCAGGAGGAGGUCCGCAAGGGGUACGCCCACCUUCUCGAAGGAGUGGCCGACCCCGAGGGCUGCCCCGUUCUACUGCUGCAGCUGCAGCACUUCAAGCCCGCGUUCGGGGACGGCCAGAAGCUGCAGCGGCAGGGCCGAGGCGCGGCCGACGGCUCCGCGGCCAGCUCGCUGGAGGACGCCCGGAGGCUCUGCGUCUACCUCAUGGACCUGGCCGUGGAGGCCAUGGAGGAGCGACGCGCCCCCGGCGUCGUCUUCAUCGUGGACGUGGCCAACUGCUCGCUGGCCAACCUCGAGGCCAAGAUGGUCACGGACAUCCUGCAGGUGUGCAAGAAAUGGUAUCCCGAGGUGGUCAAGCGGAUUCUGGUGGUGAACAGCUCGGCCUUCGCCCGGGUCCUGACGCUGCUGCUGUCCAAGCUGCUGGGCGCACGUACACAGCCGCGGAUCCGCGUGGUCGGGGAGCCCCGAGAGCUGAGCAUGCUGCUGCCCCAUGCGGCCAUCCCUCAGCACUACGGAGGUGGGUACCAGAUGAUCCACCCGAACGCGUGGCUGGCCAAGCAGGCCGAGCUGGAAGACGUCGACUUGGACGCGGCCUACGCGGUGCAGAACGACGAAGAGGAGGAGGACAAGGGCUACGGCCUGGAAGAGCGCGAGGUGGACCCCAAUGAGAGCAUGAAUGGCAUGCAGUACGCCAACGUGAGCGCUGUGGACGCCGCCGAGAUGCCCAACAGUGUGCUGCGUGGGCCGCUGAUGCGCAAGAAGACGGACGGCGUAUGGGUCAAACACUUCGCGUUGCUGCGGCCCGAGGCGGUGCUGCUGUAUGAGAAUGCCACGGGGCCCCGGCCGAUUAUCAUCAUCCCUGUCAACUACGAGGUCCGCGUGGUGACGGCGACGUACCCGAGCAAACCCAAAGGCUGCGGCUUCCGGAUUGAAGUGCCUGGAGUUGUCGGCGGCCACGAAUUGGUCGCCACCAGUGAACAGGAGCGAGGCAAUUGGCUUCAGGAGCUGCAGUGGGCCAUUAACCACAACAAGGAGAAGCUCGAGCGUCGGGAAGAGCGAGAAGAACACCGCGCCAAGAUCCACCGUGACUUCGACGCGUUGAACAUGAUAAACUUCGACAUUGAACUGCCAGUCCCUGUUCCUCCGAAGGCUGCAGACAACACUGGGAUGGGAGCUCAAACGCAGCAACAACAGCAGGUGCGACCACCUCAGCCCGUUGAAAUGGCAGGGAUGCCAGUGCCUGCUCCAAUGUCAAUGAAUGCCAACAAGAUUCCUAACGUGAUGGGGAUGAUGCAGCCUCAGAUGCAGAGCGGAACGACUAUGGCCAACUUGAAUUUCCAGCAGCCGCAGUCUCCGACGCAACCGUUUAUGCAGAUGCAGCAGCCGAUGUCGAUGGGGAUGCAGCCUCAAUCUAUGGGCAUGCCAGGGCAGCAACCGAUGUCCAUGGCCAUGUCGGGGACUAUGCAGCAGCCGAUGACGUUUGGAAUGCAGCCACAGCAACCGAUGGCAGUGGGAAUGCAGCAACAGCAGCAGCGGACGAUGUCCAUGACCAUGCAGCCUCAAUCGAUGGGAAUGCAGCAGCCCAUGAUGGGUAUGGGAAUGCAGCAACCAAUGCAAAUGCCAAUGGGCGGCCAGCAGCAGAUGUCAAUGGGCGGACAGCAAGGUAUGAAUAUGCCGGUAUCUUCAGGCUAUCAGCUCAACGCAAAGUCCCUGCAAGAGCAACUCCUCAACAACUUUCGAGGGUGAAUAAAGAUAGCGGACGUGGAGGGUGUCCAGCUACCCCAGUUUAACAAGAAUAUAAAGCGUAAACC